AUGUCUGAGGUUCUCGAUGAAAACAAAGAAAGCACUUCACGUGAUAUAAAUCCAAGUGAAGAGAAAACUUUGCAAUUUAAAAUAGAUAAAAAGAAUCACGAAUUAAAUAAAUAUCGAAACAAUGAUAGUAAUCAGGAAUCAGUAACAUAUGAUUUAGAAGCCGGUGGUAGUAAUUAUAAUAAUUAUGAUAAAUUUCAAAAUGAUUUGGAAUUUGUAACUUCUGAAACACGUAGUGUAGAAGAAAUUUCUUUACCAUGGAAACAUCAAGGUCCUUGGUAUAAGGAUAUCACGAAAAGAACAUAUGCAAUGUCCCGAGUUUUCAUUUUUGAACCAGUUUUUAGAGCAGAAGGAUCUCUUACUUCAGAAUUUCGGAUGUUGGAAGCAGAAAUUGCAUACUUAUUUGAAUUGGAAGAAUUAUUAAAUUUCACAGAGAAGAAACAACAAAAUAUAUUUUGGAUAAUCACUCACAAGAUAUAUCAUUUGUAUUCAGAAGCCAUUGAUGUACUUUCAAAAGCAAAAGCAAAUCAAAAAUUUGAAUUUCUACCAAAAUAUGAUUCUUCAUUACAUAGUGAACAUGAAAAAUAUUUAGCAAAUAAUUACUGUUAUGAACCAGUGUUUAUUACAGAUUAUCCCAAAGAAAUCAAACCAUUUUAUAUGCGUAUUAAUCCAGAUGAUAAACAAAACAAUGAUCUUAAUUUGCGAAAAUAUGGAACUGCAACUGCACCACAUGGUGAAUUUGGGAUCGGUUUUGAAAGAUAUUUACCGGUAUAG